UACUUGCUGGUAUACAUAGAGAUUAACUAUUAUUGUGCAACUAACCUCUGGCCUACAAGCAUGCUGAUUGUCCGCUUGUCUCUGCCUUUGUUCCUGUUCUUUCUUAUCUCCGAUCUUCAUGCUGACUUAGGAGAUGACGUCAAAAAGGCAUCAGAUGCUGUAAAAACAGGAAUCGCGGCUACCGAUGCCAUUACGAAAAUUGUAACGGGUGUGAAGGUGCUUGCGAAGUUUACUACAAUCAUGAGCAAGAUCGCUCCUUUUUUGGCAGCCAUUGGUCCACUCAUGGACAUAAUCACCUUGUUUCUUCCAAAACAAGAGGAUAAAACUCUGUCUUUAUUGAAAAAAGAAUUUUCGAGGGUGGAUUCCAAUUUCAGAAAUGUGGAAAGACUUUUUGGAAAAGUUACAAAUCUUAUCAAAGCAAAGUCAAUCAAUGCACAGUUUUCUGAAAUAGAACAGAACGUCAACGCUUUGUCGGAUCGGCUUCACAUGCUUAUGAAAGCCCCUAAAGAUGCAGUUGGAGGCCAGAAAGAUCGAUUUAUAACCUCCUUUAGAACCAGUUAUCUUAACGCAGCUAGAAAGAUAUACAAUGGGAUCAUGACCAAACAAUCUUUCACAGACAAUAUUCCAAUAACAGCAAUGGAAUACACAAAUAAUGAUCGCAAGAAGAUGCAGAAGGUAAUGGCUGGAUGUGUCGGGCUUCUUUUGACAGCCGUGAAGGUCAACCUAGCUUAUCUGAAGCUAACAAACAGAACAGCAAGCUACAAAAUGGAGCAAAAAGAAUGGGAAACCAACAUCAAGAACGUUCUACAGAAGGUAAAAGAAGUGGAUGAACAAGUUACUAGUAAUUAUGAAAGUCAGAAAUUCAAAGACAUGAAAGACCUUUCGGCACAGUACAAAGACGAUAAUCAUGAACAAUUCGCUAAGCGGUUGUACAAGUUUUACUCUGAGAAAUAUUACUGGAGGGAUUGGGUUGUCAUAGUCUACGACAAAAUGGAAGAAUCGUGGACUGGGCAGAACGGACAUACUUUUAAACUUUGUGGAGGGGACAAGUACUUGGAGAAAGAGAACAGAAAUAUUAUAACAUCAAGUGUACCAAAGGAAAAUAGCAAAAUUGACAUAAACUUUUAUAAGGGGAAAUUGGAUUCACUUACAACGGAGACAACGUUUCUUUAUAAUUUGAUACACAUCGCCUGGCCAGCGAGGUGGGUUUUACAUCAGAUGGCGAGGUUUAGCCGUGCUGAUGUGUGCAUGCGAGCUGUUGUAUCUGAUCGAAAGAAACCAUAUGUUGCAUCUGCCCCUGGUCGUCUUACAUCAAAAUGGAAGUAUUUUUACAACAUGUACAUAUUCGGAUAAAAGGCACAUUUUUAUACAAUUUAUUUUAAUAAUAUUCAAAUAAAGCAUAAUUGAAAU